AUGAGUUCAAAAAUUUCCAAAGAACCUUGGUUUCAUGGAUUGUUGCCAAGAGAAGAUGUUAUGACAAUGUUGAAAAUGAAAGGCGAUUUUUUGGUUCGAACUUCAGAACCUGGAGCUGGAACAUCAAGACAUAUCAUUAUUUCAGUUCUACAAAAUCAGAAUGAUACCGACGGGGUAAGUGAACAUUGUAGAUUGUUUUUUGUUGAAAAACUGUUUCAGAUGCGGCACUAUGUAAUUCGUGAAGAUGACAAUAAAUAUUCAGUCGCUGGAAAUAAAGCUUUCAAAUCAGUUGCUGAACUUCUCGAACAUUAUAAAACCAAUCAAAUAAAUGAUCAAGAUAGUCAAAGUAUUCUGGUAAAUCCAAUUUAUCGCCAAUUUUGGGAACUUUCUCAUGAUGAUAUAACAUUGACAAAAAAGCUGGGAGAAGGUGCAUUUGGAGAGGUCAAAAAGGGAACAUUGAAAAUAAAUGGUGGAGCAAGUGAAGUUGAAGUUGCUGUAAAAGUUGCGAAACUGGAAAGUUGUACAAAAGAACAAAUAAAAGAAAUAAUGUCAGAAGCAAGAUUGAUGCGAAACUUUGACCAUAAAAAUGUUGUAAAAUGUUAUGGAACAGCGGCUGGACAAGAACCAUUAUUAGUUGUUAUGGAAUUAGUUCCUGGAGGUGGAUUAGAUUCAUAUUUGACAAAAAAUCAAGUUGGAAUUGAUGAAAAAUUGGAUAUUAUGUGGCAAGUUGCACAAGGAUUGGAAUAUCUUCAUAAACAAGAAGUUAUUCAUAGAGAUAUUGCUGCGAGAAAUUGUUUGAUUGGAAAUACAAUUGUUAAAGUAUCAGAUUUUGGAUUAUCAAGACGUGGAACUUCAUAUCAAAUGAAUCCAAAGAAUAAAGUUCCGAUAAGAUGGUUGGCACCAGAAACCUUAGUAUCAUUUUUGUAUACAAUGGCUUCCGAUGUUUUUGCAUUUGGUAUUCUUUGUUGGGAAGUUUUGGAAAAUGGGCAACAACCUUAUCCUGGUUUAACUGUUCAAGAAGUUCAUUCAAAAGUUACGAAAGAAGAAUAUAGAAUGACUUUCGGAUCAGAAACACCUUUUGGAAUAUCAUGUGUGAUUGUGAGUUAAAUUGAAGAUCAAUCAAAGAUCAAGGGAAUUUUUUUUCGAAAAGAGCUUUCUCAUCAUUUUCUUUCAGAAAAGAUGCUGGCUCACAAAUCCAGCAAAACGUCCAACAUCUGCAAAAGUUGUAAAAGUCCUUGAGAAGAUAAAAAACAAAUCGAACAAGAACUCAUUUUCCGAAGACAAAACAUUUAAUGAUGAUCCACCAUUCAGAAAGAAGAAAUCAAAAGUCUCACCAUUUUUGCGAGCAUCGAGAGGUUUGAGCUCGGAAACUGGUGAUGAUAAAUUGCCAAAUAGCAAACCGAGAAGAGUUUCAUCUUGUGAGGAUAUGCUUGGAGCUGUUAGAAAAGGGAAAGCUGAUAAGAAGACAAGUAAUGAGAAAAAGAAAAAGAAUAGAAGAGAAAUGCUUCAUUGA